GGAAGACAAUCAGUGUCGGGGAGCACGUAAGAAGAAUUUUGAGAGAGGUCCGACGAGUGAUGUACAGGGCCUGGCUUGGCCUGGCUUUUAGGGCUUGGGCUUGGCUUAAGGUGGGCCUGGCUUUCGAAAUCAUAAGCCCGAGCCCUGAGCGCUUGAGCCCAAGCCCUACCGGGCUCGGGCUUGGCUCAGGCUUAGGCUCAGGCUCAGGCCAGGGCUUGGGUAGUCCGACCUGGUCCGACACAGAGCACAGAAAAUGUUGGGAUGUUAUUCGAUUGUCGGAAAAUGCACAAUGAAGCAUCCG